CACAGUUUCAGGAAAUGAUGUGAGGCAAAGAACCAAGAAUGGCAGCUCCGAUUCGUCCGAGAAUCCCCGCGACUCAGUUCUUGGCCGCGAUCGCCUUCGUUUCUGCUAUACUACGUUCCGGCGCAAGUGACCCUCCGCUGACACUUGAUCACUAUGCAUCCUCAUGCCCGACAGUAUUUGAAAACAUCCGCAAAGAAAUGGAACGCGAGGUGCUCUCGGAUCCGCGCAGCGCUGCUUUAGUAGUCCGCCUACACUUUCAUGACUGCUUCGUUCAGGGAUGCGACGGCUCGGUUCUGUUGGACGAUACAGUCAUGCUACAAGGGGAGAAGACGGCUUCCCCAAAUAUAAACUCUCUAAAAGGUUUCGAAAUCAUCGAUAGGAUCAAGAGCAAGAUUGAAUCCGACUGCCCCAGAAUUGUCUCAUGCGCUGAUAUAUUGACCAUUGCUGCUAGAGAUGCUGUCAUUCUGGUCGGCGGACCAUAUUGGGAUGUUCCGGUGGGGAGGAAGGACUCGAGAAGUGCAAGCUACGAGCUUGCAAACACCAACAUACCUACGCCGAAUCAAGGUCUCAUUUCCGUCAUUUCCAAGUUCCUUUACCUCGGCCUCUCUAUCACCGACACCGUUGCGCUUUCCGGAGCUCACACAAUCGGCAUGGCACGCUGCGAGAACUUCCGUGCGAGAAUAUAUGGGGACUACGAAUUGACAUCAGGCGGCAGUCCAUUAUCUGAGGUGCACCUCAGCAAAUUAAAGUCCGCAUGCCCGGCUGCCGGAGGGGGAGAGGACAACAUCGAGCCGUUGGACUAUGCAACGCCCUACACAUUCGACAACUCCUACUACCAUUUGCUCCUGAACGGAGAGGGAUUGCUGAACUCUGACCAGGAACUGUAUUCCAGUAUAUUGGCCAUUCAGACCAAGAAGCUUGUGGAACAGUAUGCUUUUGACACGGGGGCUUUCUUUCGGCAGUUCUCCGAUUCCAUGGUAAAGAUGGGAAACCUCACGAAUCCGGAUAGCUUUCUCCAAGGAGAAGUGAGGAAGAAUUGCAGACUCAUCAAUGCAUGAUCGAUAUGAUGUCCAGACUUGUUCGAUUUCUUAGUUUCUGUUGGUUAUCUUGUAGGAGUCGGCCACAGGCAAUCUAAUUAUGAUUACCGAAUUCAUUCGGAAG